AUGGAUAUCUCUACACAACGUUUAACUUUGCAAGAUACUACAGGUCAAACUACCACCACUUCACUCAUUCAAUCGAACAAUACAUCAUGUUGUACAGUCCGACUACUCGAUCAAAUUACUAUUCCACAAUACUCCGAAUCUGUUAUCAAAGCCGCAGUACAUCUUCCAGAUAGUUCAAAUUUGUUGUUUGAACCGUCUUCAAGUUUUAGUCAAAAAGCAGUAGUACUUCCAACAGCUUUAAUCAAAGUGACUAAUUCUCAAACACACUUAACUAUUAUCAAUACCACCAAUCAUCCAUAUAUUUUACCUUCAAAUACGUAUCUCGGUACUGUUUCUUCAUCAUUACUAAUAUGUGCAACAACAUCACCAUAUCAAUCUCAGUCAACACAAUUUCGAUCAUCAAAAAGACGUCAUUAUUCUCUGAAUUCAUCACAUAAAUGCUACGUCUGUCAUCAGAAAUUUUUAUCACAAAACAAUCUUUUUCAUCAUCUUCGUGUACAAUGCUAUCCGCAAGAAUUACGACAUCAAAUUGAAACAUUAACACAACACAUCGACUCCGCCUCGCAUCGCAAAAAAAUCCAAGAUGUCCUUUGGAAAUACGGUAAACUGUUCGAUCUACGUCAACCAUCAAAAAUCAAUAUCACUCUCGAUCAUGUGAUCGAUACCGGUCAACAUCGACCAAUCUACACUCCACCUUAUCGACGUUCACCUCAAGAUCAUCAAACUAUUACCGAAGAAACAGACAAACUGUUAAAACAAGAUAGUAUCGAACCAUCAACAUCACCUUGGUGCUCACCUGUCGUAUUAGUGCGUAAGAAAGAUGGUACUACACGAUUUUGCGUUGAUUAUCGAAAACUCAAUGAUAUUACUGUCAAAGAUUCAUUCCCGUUACCUCGCAUCGAAGAUAUUUUCGAUCAACUCUCUCAAUCAACAUAUUUCACCACACUAGACUUUAAAAACGGCUAUUUUCAAAUUCCAUUAGCAAUUAAUGAUCGUCCUAAAACGGCAUUUUCCACUCGCGAUAAUCAUUAUCAAUUUAAAGUCCUCCCUCAAGGUGUAAAAAAUGGUCCACCUACGUUCCAACGCAUAGUAAACCAAAUUUUAGGUCCUGCUCGAUGGAAACAUUGUCUAGCGUAUCUAGAUGAUGUCGUCAUUUUUUCGAGAACUUUUGACGAUCAUGUUUCUCAUUUGGAUGAAAUCUUUUAUUUACUUCACACACACAAUUUUCGUCUAAGUUUCGAGAAAUGUACCAUCGCUACUGAUAGCAUCAAUUAUCUGGGUCACCACAUUUGUCGUGGAGAAAUUCGUCCAAAUAAUGAUAAUAUACGCGGUUUGUUGGAAACUCCAACGCCAACAACACCGAAAGAGAUUUUUCGUUUUUUAAAAGGAGCCGAAUACUACCGUAAAUUCAUUUCCAACUUUUCCCGUAUUGCUAGUCCUUUAUAUAAAUAUAAUCCUUCCAACUCUACACAUCCAUCUAAUACUAAACCUACAAUUUUUACAUUAUCGGCUGACGAACAAGCUGCUUUCGAACAAAUCAAACACAUACUCACUACCGACCUUGUUCUUCGACUUCCCAAUAAUCAACUUCCUUUUAAAAUACAAACAGAUGCUUCACAACUUGGUAUCGGUGCUGUUUUAUUACAAACCUAUCCUGAAGGUGAUCGUCCUAUAUGUUAUAUGUCUAAGAAGCUUACACCUGCUCAACAACGCUGGUCUCCUAUUGAACAGGAGUGUUAUGCGAUCGUCAAAGCUGUUGAAUUAUGGCAUCACUAUUUACACGGCAAUCAUUUCAUCUUAGAAUCUGAUCAUAAACCAUUAGAAGCACUCAUGCGUAAAUCUCAAACGAACAACAGGGUGUGGGUGCGGGUGUGGGUGUGGGGUGUGGGUGUGGGGUGUGGG